CCCAUACCUAAACCAAACCAAGUGGGGGUGUCAUGUAGUAAAGUGGGUGUGUCGUGUAGAUACAGCGAGUCCGCAAAUAGAUCCACUUGGACUAUGUGGGGUAUUGUGUAAACUUUUGGUCCAUGCGCGUUCUGGUCUAUUCCUACUCCUCUGAGGAAGCGCGUGAACUCUUCCUCCUCCCUCCCCUCCUCACCAAGCGCUCUGGUCCUCCUCUGCGCGCUCUGGGUCUCGCCUCGGACAAAUUGCGGCGGAGUGGUGGAUCACCAAAAGUUCGCAGAAUUGGUGUAGAGGAACCCAGCUUUGGGUCGGGGUGUUUGGGUGUUUGUUUUUCUGAGGAACAGGGUGUUGUGAUAUUUUUGUCAGUUUUGUAGUUUUGCCGCAGUUCCACCAUGGAGACUCUCAUAAGUCUCUUUACGCUGCUGUGCGUCCUGGCUGGAGCGCAAACGCAGACCCAAAGAAUCGUGUCUUGGGACUGUCCUGUUGACCUUUUCUUCGUACUGGAUACAUCUGAGAGUGUGGCCCUCAGACAGAAACCUCCCCAAUUUUACAUCGACCAGAUCCAAACUUUCACCAAAGACUUCAUAGAUCAAAUGACAAAGAAGCCAAACCAAUGUGACCGUGAGGUGACGUGGAGUGCAGGAGCACUGCACUACAGUGACGAAGUGAUCCUGGUGCGAGGGCUGAGUGACCUGGAGAAAGAGCGCGAGGAUCUGAAAAGAGCCAUUGAUAGUAUCAAUUACAUCGGCAAGGGUACAUACACCGACUGUGCCAUCAAGAGGGGCAUUGGCGAGCUGCUCACUGGAGGUUCCCAAUACCCUCAGAACAAGUACAUCGUGGUCGUGACUGAUGGUCAUCCUGUGACCGGUUACAAGGAGCCAUGUGGAGGCUUGCAGGAGGCUGCAAAUGAAGCCAAGCAGUUUGGAGUGAAAGUGUUUGCUGUCGCCAUCUCACCUGACCAGGAGGAAACCAGACUGUCAAUUAUUGCCACCGACCAGACCUACAGACGGAAAUUCACUGCCGCAGACAACCGCACACUACCUUCCAACAAGAUGGAAACCAUUCAAACCAUCAUUGAGAUGAUCAAAAACGAGACAGACGAUGUGUGCUGCUCUUAUGAAUGUACUGCUCCAGAUGGGUCUAAAGGAGGCGACGGAAACCCUGGCUCUAAGGGAGAAUCAGGUAGACCAGGGAUGCCGGGAGAAAAAGGAGAUAUUGGUGCGAAGGGCAGCCUUGGAGAUCCUGGUCCUGUUGGUUACAGUGGAAUGAAGGGAGACCGUGGUACCAGAGGAGGAAAGGGUGAAAGAGGACACAAAGGCUACAAGGGAGACAAAGGUGAAAGAGGAAAUGAUGGAACUGAUGGAAGUAAGGGUGAAGCUGGUUACCCUGGGCUUCCCGGCUGUAAAGGUUCUCCUGGAUCAGAUGGUCAACAGGGAGAGCCAGGACCAAAGGGAGAUGCUGGUCCUUAUGGACAGAAAGGAGCAAAAGGAGAUACUGGAAGAGACGGCGAACCAGGAAGGCCUGGAAAAUAUGGGCAGCUGGGACCUCAGGGUGAUCCGGGUCCUCGUGGAGCCAAUGGGGACAAAGGAGAGCGCGGUGAUGAUGGUUUACCAGGACCAGAUGGAAGUCGUGGAGAGAGAGGAGUAGUUGGAGAGAAGGGGGAGCAGGGUUCCCGUGGGAACAGAGGACCAAGAGGAGACCCGGGGGAGCCAGGACCCCGUGGAGAGCAGGGGAGGGAGGGCUCAGCUGGCCCCAACGGAGACCCUGGCGCGCCUGGCAGGGAUGGGCCUCCCGGCUACAGAGGAGAUGAAGGCUCACCUGGACCAGAGGGACCCAAAGGAGCGAGAGGAAUCAAAGGAGCUCCGGGAGACAGAGGCCAGAUGGGGGAGCGGGGAGAAGAUGGUGUCCCAGGAAACGGCACAGCAGGUUGCCCUGGUUUCCAGGGUUACCCUGGGGCCCGUGGAGACCCUGGUGAGCCGGGUGGAAAGGGAACCCCUGGACCCAAAGGAGAUGACGGAGAGCCCGGCGAGCCAGGCCCCGAUAACAGGGAACCAGGGAAUCCAGGAGCUAAGGGGGCCAAAGGUCACAGAGGACCCGAGGGCAGACCGGGACCUCCAGGGCCUCAUGGACCAACAGGACCUGAUGACUGUGAAAUUCUGGAUAUCAUCAUGAAGCUCUGCUCUUGUUGUGAGUGUAAAUGUGCACCUGUGGACCUGGCAUUUGUCGUGGACAGCUCAGAGAGUAUUGGCGCCACAAACUUUGCUCUUGCCAAAGACUUUAUCAUUACUGUCAUAGACAGACUGAUUAAAGACCAGCAGCUCAAGUUCGCAGUUGGUGACUCAGGACUGAGUGUAGUCCAGUACAGUGGAGAUAAAACCCAAGAGUACGUCAAGCUGGGCGUCAACGGUGGUACCCUCACCGACUUUAAACAGGCAGUGAGAGACUUGCGCUGGCUGGCUGAGGCCACGUAUACAGGCCAGGCCCUUGAUUAUACUCUGAGAAACACAAUCAGUGGAAUGAGGCAAGAAAACCGAGUUGUUCUUGUUCUCACCGAUGGACGCUCCGAUAUUUCCAGGGAUGACACUCCCCUCGACGUACUCUGUGGUAAAGACGUCCGAGUGGGCGGUUUAGGAGUGAGGGACUACUCAGGCCGUCAACCCAACAAAGAGCAGAUUGAUGACAUGGUGUGUAAGAGUGACCAAAGGAAACCAGGCUUUUCCUUUGUCCUGGACAACUUUGCUGAGCUGCUAGAGGACUCUUUCCUACAGAACCUCACAUCCAGAAUCUGUGAAGAUAAGAGGUGCCCAGACUACAAAUGUCCCAUCUCCUUCAGUCAAAGUAGCGACAUUCUGGUGAUGAUGGACAGCUCAGCCAGUGUGGGCCAGAAGAACUUUGAGAUGAGCAAGACCUUUGUCCGCCGUUUGGCCGAUCGUUUCCUGACUGCUAAAAUGGACAGGGGUGUCAAAGUCAGAAUGGCUGUGGGCCAGUACAGCCGCAAAGCCAAUAUAGAGCAGGAACUGACUAGCAAUUAUACCAUGCUGUCUCAUCGAAUUGAACAGGCAAUCUUCCAAAAUGACGGCACUAAUGUGUUACAGGCCAUGGAAUUUGCCAUUGGUAAAUUGCCAAACCGUGGAGACGCAUCAGGAGGCAAGAAGAAGCUGGUGCUGUUCUCUGACGGCAGGUCGCAGGAUGUCACAGAGGCCAAGCUGGUGGAAGCCAUCAGUAAGUUAGUGAAUGCCGAGUUGGAGCUCUUUGUUGUCAGUGUUGGCAGCCAAGUCAAUGAGGCCAACCUGCACACACUAGCGAGCAGGGGACGGCGGGAUGACGACACCUAUGCCGCACGCCACCGGUUCCAUGUCCCAGACUACCCCUCUCUGCUCCGCGGGGUCUUCUACCAAACCGUCUCCCGAAGGGUAUCCAUGUCCUGAACGCAGGGCCCCAAAUAAUAGGAUGAACACGCUUUAGAUUUUUAGUCCCGUUAUGAAUAUUCAGUCUCACUCAUUUACCAUACACUGCAUUUGAGUACUUUUUUGUAAAGAAAUGUCACAAAACGACAAAUGAUUGUGUGGCAGGCAAAAGGAAAUGUCUUCAUGAAAUAACCAUGGGACAUUUCUACCCUGAGUUGAGCCUCAAAGGCAGACCAUCUCAAGCUGUGUGCGCUGGGAUCAUUAGACCAUAAUCCAAAUGAUGGUGCUAAUCUAUCCCAUUUUAGAGUUUUAAAAGUUGUAACAGAACUAAAUCUGAAGGAACAGCUGCCUGGGAAGCAAAAUUCAGGGUAAAUUCAUCCCACAGUAAGAGUACCUGCUCCGGUUCUUAAGAGCCAUCAGUAAUGGCUACAUAUAAACUUACUUCUAGCUUUCAACUGCAUUGAGCUAAUUUCAACUCAGGUGUUCUGCAUUCCUGUAUCAGCUAGUCUGAACCAGUGCUUUGAUUCACUUCAACUAACCAGUGCGGGUUAAAAAUACUCAUCAAGGAUACACUCUCUUGUCUCUCAAGGACCGGAGCUCUCGCCCUUUGAAGAAUUUUAUUUAGUGUCUGAAGUGGACUUUUGUAGCUCUUACUACUCUUUUAAGUGGUGUCGGAUUCACAGAGUUUCAGGAAGGUCCACAUGAACAUGUCGAAUGAUCGAGUCAGGAAAAUCAGGAUUUAGGAUUAAAUUGUGGUAUGAUUCAUUCAUACCAGCAAUGCCUGACCUAUCAAAAUUUUACACAAUAAAAACAUAAGUGAACCAGCCACAGCUGUGAAUUGAAAACAUACACAUUCUUUGGCGAUUGGUUGGUGUACCUAAAUGAAUAGACGGCUGGCUCAUGACUGGCUUUUAUGGAUAAUCAUUGUUUUAAAUUGCAAACAUGUACCUUGCAAAUUGCAAAGUCAGUUUGCAAAAUCGUGACAUAUACCUGAACUGGAGAAAACUCCAACCCGACAUCACUUGAAAGCUCUAUUGGAUCACCAAACCAACAGGGAAAACAGGACAUGACUUCAGGCAGACUCUCAAAACAAAACCCGUCAGCAUUUCACCUGGUACUAAUGAGGACAGGACAGCUGGACUCAACAUGUAUGAUUCUGUCCGAGCAUGUGUGUGUGUAUACAUGGGCCUGUGCUUGAUGUGACCGACAUUUACAUGUAUAUGGAGGUGAUUUUUUAUGUGUAGCCUUGGACAUUUGUUCCAUAAACAGUUCUGCUGGGGUCACUGGUUCAAAUGACAGAAUGACAGAAACCUGUUCUUUAUUGUCUGCGCACACCACAGACACGUCUGUCAAACACACACAUACACACAUCUUUGUUCUUCCUCAGUGAGGUAGGAAAACAUCUGUCAUAGUUGAAGGCUGGAAAAAAUAAAACCUAAUGGGACUUAUGCCAUGAGUCCCCCCACACCCACGGAAACAAACAAACACUGUUUAGAUCCCCAUAACUGUUAAACUCCACACCUUUGGUUUUGUUGUCUUCAGUCACCCAGAGUCGCUAUACUCUUGUUAUUAUCUGUGGUGCUUUUAGUCCCAGUGUAUCAGCCUCUACCCAUGUUGUUAAAGAAGAUAUUUUUACCUGAGGAUACACAACCUCAGUAGUGUUGUAAGAUCUCCCUCAAUAAAGGUUGCUACACCAAA